GCACUUCAUAACUUGAAGUUCGUAAAGUAAACAUUAUUCUGUACUUUAUUCAUUUAUAAUUAAAAAUUAACUAAAAUGAAAUUUAAAAUAUCCAUUGCAAAAAAUCCAUCACAUAGUGCUCCAGUUACUUGUGUUGGAUGGAGUAGCACAGAAGAAGUUUACUCAGCUGGUGAUGAUAAUCAGUUGCUAUCAUGGUCAGUUUCUAAUAACCAGUCCAGAAAAUUAUCACAUUUCAACAAGGACUUGUAUCCGAUCGAUAUGCAGUUUUUACCCAGAAGUAGCAGUACGUUGGGAAAACACGGUGAUUUAAUAUUAAUAACAUCAGCUGAUGGGAAAUUUCAUAUAAUGAAUCGCUCUGGCAGAAUAGAGAGAAGUGUUGACGCGCAUAAAGGCGCUGUUCUAGUGGGGCAAUGGGGUAAUGAUGGUGCUGGCCUUUUGACCGCUGGAGAAGAUGGUUGCGUUAAGAUAUGGUCAAGAAGCGGAAUGUUGAGGUCUAUAGUCGUAUCAAGCGAUAAUUCAGUUUACGGUGCCUCUUGGGCCCCUGAUAGUCAAAGCAUAGCUUAUACACAAGGAAAAUUUAUAGUUAUAAAACAACUAGCUCCAAAUACUAAACCUUUAAGGUGGAAGGCCCAUGAAGAACUCAUUUUAUGUCUGUCCUGGAGUUCGGCUUCAGAAUUAAUAGUUUCCGGUGGUGAAGAUUGUCAAUAUCGAGUCUGGGAUAGUCAAGGGAGACAAUUAUAUUCAAGUGGAUUACAUGACAAUCACAUUACUUCAAUUGCAUGGGCUCCAAAUGGAGAUCUAUUUGCCGUGGGUUCUUACAAUACGAUUCGACUCUGUGAUUAUGCUGGAUGGUCUAGAUCUCUUGAUAAACCAAAUACUGGUUGCAUUUACAAAAUGUCUUGGUCUGGUGAUGGUACACAGCUAGCUGGAGCUUGUGCCAAUGGUCACGUGUUUUUUGCUCAUAUUGUGGAAAGAAAUGUGCAUUAUAUGAAUUUUACUGCGACAGUUACUGAACGCAAAAUUGUAACCGUGAGAAACGUUACGGAUGAUACAGUUGAGCAGCUAGAAUUACCUGAAAGAGUAAUUCAAUUAGCAAUGAAGUAUUCACACUUGGUAGUAACGACUCCUACGCAAUGUUAUAUAUAUAAUACUAACAACUGGAAUACACCUGCAAUUUUCGAUUUAAAAGAUGGCUCAGUUAUUUUACUGAUGCUUGCAGAAAAACAUAUGUUAUUAGUUGAAAAGAACAACAUCGGAAUAUAUAACUACCAAGGCAGACUUAUUGCGGCUCCAAGAUGGCCUAAUAUGAGAUUAGAUUUUCUAAGAUUGUCUCAGAUUAGUUUAUCAUCUGAUACACUAGUCGUAAGAGAUUCUAUUGACUUCAAAUCCCUUCACGUGAUUGACUUAAGCAGUACCCGAAAUUCAGCCGAAUCGACAUCAGUUGUCCAACACUCAAUGGCAGUAAUACAAGUUGCUUUAGAUCAAUGGGGUCCUCCAAACUCUAGAAAUGUGGCAAUAAUGGAUAAAACCAGAGAUUUGUAUGUAGUUGGAGUAAGAAACAACAACAAAACGUUUCAUAAACUCGGGAGAAAAACGGAGUCUUUUCAAUGGAAUACUGAAGCAAAUCUUAUAGCGACUAUCCAAGAUACACAACUAGUGGUUUGGUACUGUCCAACUGCCGCUUUUAAUUCAUCAUUACUAAAACUCUGUUCAAUGCAAUAUGGAUCCCCAGAACUAGGACGUAACCCAAGAAUUAAUAGUUUUAUUGGUAACUUUGUCUCAGUUCGCAGAGCUGAUGGAUCUUUAAUCAGUGUUCCAAUUUCUCCAUUCGCUUCAAUCCUCCACCGACACAUUCAAGAAAAUAAGUGGAACGAUGCUUUGAAUUUAUGCAGAUCUAUUAAAGAACAAAUACUUUGGGCAUGCUUAGCUGUAUUAUCAAUUCAAAGUAACGCUGAUGUAAUAGACAUUGCCGAAGAGGCGUUUGCUAAUAUAAAUCACUAUGAUAAAGUGUUCUACAUCCAAUCUGUGAAAACAUUGUCAAACAAAUCACAACAAAAAGCAGCAAUAGCACUUCUAGCAGGUGCAUUACAAGAUGCAGAGUCCAUCUUGCUACAUAAUGGAAUGAUUUUCCAAGCUAUUUAUAAUAAUAUUAAACUUCACAACUGGUCCCGAGCUUUAGAAUUAGCAACAAAACACAAAACUCAUAUCGAUACGGUGCUCUAUAUGAGAGAAAAAUAUUUAGAAAAAUUAGGAAAAACAGAAAAUAACAACAAAUUUCUAGUUAUAAAAGAAAAUGUACAACUUGACGAAGAUAAAAUACAUCAAAAAAUUGAAACAGAAUUACAGAAAUAACUUCAACAAAGACGAAGUCAUCAGUUUGGCAUUAAUAAAACGUUAGAAUUUUCUAGUGUAAUUUUUUAUACUUAUUUAAUAUAAUAUCAUUCUGCAUAGAACCAGAGAAAAUAUGCUCCCUUGAUAGCCAACGCAACAAAGAAGGCAGUCAUUAGUUAUAGAAAUUCAAGCGGUUCAAUAGUUAUUUAACAUCA